AACUCUCUAGGUUCUCUUCCUACAGGAUGUAUCUGGAUAAAGAUAUCGGGAUCUCUUCGGAGUUGGUUCAUAAGUACAGUGACACGACUCUGGUGCACAUCAACUGUGUGAUUAAGGAGCUGCGACGACUCUUCCUGGUGGAGGAUCUGGUGGACUCGCUCAAGUUUGCAGUUCUCAUGUGGAUCCUGACCUAUGUUGGUGCCUUGUUCAAUGGUCUGACUCUUCUUAUUUUGGGUCUCAUAGGUGCUUUCAGUUGGCCAGUGAUCUAUGAAAAGCAUCAGGCACAAAUUGACCAUUACUAUGGACUGGUGAACAAGCAAAUCAAAGAUGUUUUGGGAAAGAUCCAGGCCAAGAUUCCCGGAUCAAAGCCAAAGACAGAGUGAAGAAAGUUAGCUAGUGUGUUAUUUCCGUGCACGAGAAGUGAUGGUGGAACAAGAGAAGACAGACAGAAUCGUGUUUGGUUUGGAAAAAGGCCUUAGACGAUGCAAUGUAAACUUUACCCCCUCCCCUCCCCCCAGUGUUUGAAUUGUUAGCGUAACUGAGAAUGAAAUCUUUUUAAACCUCUUAUCAGUUUCUCUCAAGCAGAGUCAUCACUCUUCCACAGUAGAUGUAGUUCUCCAUGUUUUGAAGUAAACGCAGCUACGUAACACCAUAACAGAAUGUAGUCUGAGGAACUGAUGUCGGCAAAAGCCAGGAAUCGAUGAGGUUUUUCCAUUUUACUAUUCGGUCAGUGAAGCGUUCAGCUUGUUUGGAGGCCAUUUUGAUUCAUUUCAGUAUGAUAAAGGGAGUGAAAUGUUUUGGUUACGAAGUUCCUUCACAACAAAUCUUUAGUUUUUAGCUGUUUUUUCCCUUUUCGUUUGUACUUGGCGUGCUUGAACACUGUGGUGUAACUGCGUUAAAGUUGACGCAAUUUAAUUGUGUUAGAGGUUAAGAGGCUUCUAGUCUUCUGUAGCAGAGUUUAAGAGCAGUUUUAUUUCUCACUUGUCUUCAAUGGGAUCUGUUAUGGCAUAUUGCACCCAACUAUUCAUUGUUUUUAGCCGUUUAGUUAAAAACAAAAAAGCAAACUAGAACGUCUGCUGUGUUGGCCUAUCACCUUCCUGUCAUGUCAAAAUCAACAACAGGUUUGCAGAAUUUGCCGUCUCCAUCGUGGAUCGAAUACCUGAAACGGCACACGCUCUAAAAACUCGCAAACUUCAUGCACUGUUUCUUCAUGCAGGUCAUUUGUAAAUGAUAAUUCAGUUUUGAUGAAAAUAUGCUCAAGACUGUCUGUGAAAUGCAUUGUGAAAAUAAGCCAAUAAAGUACCAAUAAAGCUUGUAGACAAACUA